UGGAUAUUGAGCGAUGAAAUGGCGGUGUAGAUAGAUGGAGGAGGGAGGAGAAGAAGAGGAAGAGCAAAGCCAGCGCUGUGUGGGUGGGAACGAGACCGGCCUUUCGGAAGCAGGUGAGGGAAGGGAGAAGAACGAAGAAGGUCGGGCGCGUGUUCUGUCUGUGUGGGUCGAUAGAUUAAGUUUGACUGUCCUUUCAACGCGACAGUGACUUCAAUAGUGCCAAAGGUCGGCUUGUGGUCACUUCUCUCCAAGUUGAAUAUCCCUCUUCAACCCUGUCAAUGCAAUAGUCAGAGAGGUGAACGUCGGUCGUUCUCCUCUUCCUCCCCACCGACAGCAAAGAAAUACCCCCCCUCGCGUGGUCGGCCCGUAUGUGCUCCUCUUCUGUCUCUUGGAUGUCUUCCCUCCAACUAAUCCAAUCUGGCUCCGACUUCGGAAGCGAAACCGACUCGGGAUUACCCUAGAGGGCGAAUCUGUCGGUUGAAUAAACACACACACCUCCAACAAUUUAAUCCGUCUACAGAUUCUAGCCUCUCGGAACCGGCUUGUCCUGUCACUCCGUGUGGUCAGCGGGGUGAAUGGAGGGCAAGACCGGGGUGAGGCAGCAAUCGGAGAUUGGAAAAAAUAGCACCCGCGCUUGCUCGAAUCCCGCGAGAUCGACGUCAGCAGAGACCACCUCCUCUGCCGGCACAAUGUCACUCGGAUGCAAAUAGAGGGCAGGACCCCAGGUGACACCCUUAUGAGAGGUUGAUCAGACGUGUCCCGCGGGUUAGGGGAUAUCAAGAGACUCUGUGGGGAGGAUGUAACCUUUUCCCCCUCGAUAUUCAGGGGCGGGCCGAGCGGUGGGAGAAGGGCGCGUCGCAAG